GCAGGGUUGUCUACACGGCUAUCGGGGGCUACAUCUCCCCCCCAUUCAAAGAGGGAAUGGAGUUUCACAGACAGUGAGAAUGAUGAUCAACAUGAUCCACAGAGAGACAGUUAGCCCACUUUAUCCUCCAAAUAUUACGACUUUAUUCUCUAAAUAUUACGACUGCUUUUCUCGAAAUAUUACGACUUUAUUCUCGAAGUCUACUAUUUUUAUUAACAAUGGUCCUGAAACGCUAUCAUAGAGGUUUAAAUGUUUGACCAGAUGAGUGCACAUGCCAUCACCAAGGUAACAAUGACAUCAAACAAAAAAAAUUUAAUUGUGAACUAAACAUUAUUGGCUAAAAUGGAACUAAAAAAAGUACUUUCCUAUUCAAGUAUGUUUGUGGGGAAAGUAAUUUACUGAUUACUUAGUUCCAUUUUAGUCAUUAAUGGUUAGUUUCUGACGCUUUUUUGCUUUGCAGUGUACAAAUCUGUCCAAAUGUUUUCAUGGAGUUCAUGGAAAUGAGUAAGUGGACCUCCCACAUCUGCCCGUCAUCUAAUAGUUAGACAUCACAACGCCUAUUAAGCUUAACCAGUAAUAAACACUAACUAAUAUUGUUUUCCAUUUACAGUGAUGCUUCUUUUGUUGCUGAUGUUUGAUCUUCUCAGCUGUUCAAAUGCAGAUACAUUCUCUCUGGUGGUUCCUGAUGGUGCUGUAUCAGGACAGUUAGGAUCUUCAGUUGUCCUGCCGUGCGCAGUCUCUUCUUCAUUGGACUGUACGGACUAUGAAAUACGCUGGUAUGGUCCCAAUGACAAUGACAACCCGAUUCUGCUGUACAGAGACCUAAAGGUCCAGGAGAACGCUGGAGAUCCUCAGUACAGAGGCAGAGCGUCUCUGAUUGGAGAACUGCAGAAAGGGAACGUCUCUCUGAAACUGGAGAACCUCACAGUAGCAGACAGAGGAGAAUAUGUGUGCUUUGUUAGCAGUUAUCAAUGGUAUGAAAAGGAGAGCAUUUUCGUUGCUGUUCCAGUGGUUGGAUCUCCUCCUGUCCUGUCCUGCACUGAAGCUGGAGAGCAGGUGAAUGUGACCUGUACAUCAGGUGGAUGGUCUCCAAACAUUACCAUCAUCUGGAGAGACACAAAAGGAAGAGAACUUAGAAAAAAAGUCGACCACUUUACAACAGACUCUGAAGGGUUGGUCAGUGUGAGCUCUUGGCUGCUCUUCUCUCCCUCGGAGUCAGAGUGGAUCUCCUGUUCUGUGGGUUUAUCUGAUCAGGAGAUGAAGGAGGGAAGAGUUCUAGCAAUAAAACCUGCCUAUCUAGCCUUCACCAUCUCAUUGAUUAUCAGUCUGUUGUUGUUGGUUGCGAUAGCGACCCUCAUCUUGAAGAUCAGAGAGAUCAUAUUACCCCAUU